CGGGGGAAGAUGGGGGACCCAGGCUGGUCCGGCCCCAGCAGCUCCGCGGGGUGCUCCUGCCCGCAGCCCGGAGCCAGGCACCACACCGCACCUCCCCGACCCCGCCUCCCCUUCGCCGGGACCCUCUCACCCAGCCGCUGCCGGCCGCUCAAGCGGGGGCGGGCCUCUGCGCAGAGCGGCCAAUGGGGACUGAGCCUGGAGACCGGGGCGUGGCGGCUCCGGCGCGGCGCUCCCAGUGGCGGUUGUUUCAAGAUGGCGGACGUGUCUGGCUCCUCCCGCCCCGGCGCCGCGGCGUUCUGGAGCCGGGACGUUUCUGAUGAAGAACAAUCAGUAGUGUAUGUUCCAGGAAUUUCUACAGAAGGAAAUAUGAGAUCAAGACACAAGUUGCCAAGUCUAAAAGCUGAUGUUAAAGUUAAGACUUCCAGGGUGACUGAUGCUUCAAUCUCUAUGGAGUCUUUAAAAGGUGCAGGAGAUUCAGUAGAUGAACAGAAUUUCUGCAAGGAGGGAAUGAAAAGUGCAUCAUUGAAGGAUUUAUGUCUUGAAGACAAAAGACGCAUUGCAAACUUAAUCAAAGAACUGGCCAGAGUAAGUGAAGAAAAGGAAGUGACAGAAGAACGACUGAAAGCUGAGCAGGAAUCAUUUGAAAAGAAGAUUAGGCAGUUGGAAGAACAGAAUGAACUGAUCAUCAAAGAAAGGGAAGCUCUUCAGCUACAAUACAGAGAAUGCCAAGAACUUCUAAGUCUCUAUCAGAAAUACCUAUCAGAACAGCAGGAGAAGCUCACCAUGUCUCUCUCAGAACUGAGUGCUGCUAGAAUGCAAGAGCAACAGAUAACCAAUAGAAAAAGCACUCUCCAGUCUUCAUCUGUGGAACUGGAUAGUUCCUACUUGAAUGUAGCCAAACCACAAACCUACUAUCAAACCAAGCAAAGGCCCAAGCCUGCAAACUGGGACUCAGCUUCAGAAUCCUUUAUGGAGUCUAGGAAUAAUUCUUUGAAACCAACAACCCUUUCUCAUCCCAAGGAAGGUCUAGAGAGGCUGCCAUCAGAGGUAAGAACAUGUAAUUAUGAAUCUCCAAGGAGAAAACCAAUGGAUGCAGCCCCAACAGAAACAGCUCCACCAGAAGAAUUGAAGAUGAAGGAAUGGCCACAUCUUAAGCUUACUCCAUCUAGACGAUGUUGUGGUCACAGACUUUCUGAAAAUGAAGAUUAUGUUCAUAAGAUCCAACCUACAAACAUGACCCUUCAAUAUUCUAAGACACAUCCAAAAUCAUGCAGUUAUUGUGGGCUUUCUUGGGUAUCUAUCCUGCAUGGUAAAGAAACACUGCAACCCAGUGAAACUGAAGUCAAAAAGCAACUCUCAGAAGAUAGAAGGCAACAACUGGUGCUUCAGAAAAUGGAGCUAGAAAUUGAAAAGGAGCGCCUUCAGCAUCUGCUGGCUCAGCAGGAGACAAAGCUUCUACUGAAACAGCAGCAGCUUCGUCAGUCUCGAUUGGAUUACAGUUGGUUAAGAACUCAAGCUAUGUUUAAGUCGAAGGAACUGGUUGCUGACAGAGAGCUUGUUAAACCCCAAGAGCUCAGUUUAAAUAUAAAUGGGAAUGACUGUGGACUAAGUUUAUUAAAGUCAAAAUGCAAUGGAUGGCUGCCUAGAACCUCAUCAUCCUUUAAAAAGUACCAAGACUCCCCAAACAGUGGAGAGAAUAGAAAAGAGAAAAAGACAGUUGGGUUUCAGUCACAUAUAGAAGACAAUGCCAAGUGGAUGUGUCAAAAAAAAGAUACAUGUGGCCUCCAGAAAGGGACAAUGCUCGAAGUUAGAAAAGAUGCAUCUACAUCACCUAUCCCAAUAGGCAGCCAAAAGAAGCUUGUAACUAAGGCCUCAUCAUCAUUCCAAUACAACUCUCCCCGGUAUGAGACAUCUCUGUUGGAUUUGGUUCAGUCUCUGAGCCCAAACUCUGCUUCCAAACCUCAGUCUCAUCCCUCCAGAGAAGCUGGGACAUGGAAUCACAGUACUUUCCAACUUAGUCCUCAGAAAUCACCCUGGAAGAAGAUGGGGCCCUGCAGGACCCCUGAAGACCUGGAGGAGAAACAAAUUCUGGAAGAUAUAUUUUUCAUUUGACUCUGAAACACAGGCUACAAAAUUUUCAUAGGAAAUUUGUGGGUUUCUUCAUGUACUGACCUAGGAUGUUAAAUUAUUUAAUUGCAAAGUAAUUGUGUCUCUCCUUUUACAGGGACCUGUCUCACUGGCAUCUUGUUAUAUUUGAAUAUAGAAAUCAUUCUAACAACCUACGAUGUUUUUGCUCAGCCCAAUCAGAAAAUAACACACUAAAGGGAGAUGGGCUGGGGGAUGGUAUCUUUUUUUUCUAUGCCAAACAGAGAUUAGAACCUUGCUUACUUUCUGCAGAGUAGACACUAUUGUAUAUACAGCACCACUUCAACUGUUUCCUUCUCAGUGUUCUGCUGGAAAAGAGUUGGCUUUCUUUUGUGCACAAGCAAAACCUAUCCAUUAGUAGAUUCCUCAAAUAUAGAAGUAGCCUUUUUGUAACAUAAACGAUUUCAGAAAGACUUUUACCAUCAUCGUCAUCCUGUUCUCUCACCACCACUUUGAUCUGAGUGUGAUCAUUUAAUUCUGAAGUUAGAGUCGGUACCCUUACUAUUACAAGCAACACCAGGAACCAGUUGUGAGUGAGUCCUAGAGUAGUAAUCAGCUCAGUGGCUCCCCAUCCCAUAAGCAAAAGGCUCUAUGGGCUAGAGGGAGGGACCAAAUGAAAUCUUGGAAACAAGCAGCAUUAGAUCACAUAUGGUAACGACUGCCUGGAAAAAUGCACUGGAGAGAUAAGCCUGAAACAUUUUACCUACCAAUUUUCAGGUGAUCACUCCUCCAUUUUCCCAGGAUGAAUAAAAUCAAGCUCUAGGCAGUUGAUUUCUUGUUGAUCCAAGUGUCAGGUUUGCUCACCCUUCAGCACAUGUUGAGCACUCGAAGUUUCCAUGGCUGUAUCUGGCGAAGAUGUCACUAGAGGGACUCUGUCCUUUCCUCCCUCCCUCUCUCUGAGGAUGAAAGGCCCUGUGCUGGCCAGGCCUCAGCACGUGCUCUGUCUAGGAAAGCCAUGUUGAACAGUCUCCUUUCCUUGCCUAAGAUCUAAAUCUCUUUGUCUCUUCAGACUUAACCUGGACCUGUUGCUUUACCCAGGCUUCCUUCAUUUGAGUCUUUUUGUUCUUUGGAGGAGAGAAAAAUGGAACCUUGCAAUAUCAUAUUUUUAAUCUGAGGUAAAUACAAGGUUAGGACUAACUAGUUGUAGUCACUCCCUUGAAAACUUGAAAAUCAUUGCAGGUUAGUUUCCUUUUAAAGUUUUUCCCUGUGAGAGUAACCAAAUCACUCUCAUCCCAUUUUGCCUUUGGAUUCCUGUGCUUUCUUUGGUGUGGUAGAAAUGUCUACAGACUGAGAGCCCUCAGCCAUCUUCUCACAGUUAGAUUUCCAGAACUAUAUUCUCCCUGCCCCGUGUGUCCCAACCAGCUCAAAUGUACUUUUCUACCAUGGACCAGCCAUAACCGUAGACACUUGUUCUGGACACCGGUGUCCUUCCUGCUGUCUGGAGAGAAAGGACCCAGAAGAAUCAAGUCAAGGAUUGUCAUUUUUUUUAAGAGUCUGUUUGCCUUUAUACAAAUCACAAACAGAACCUAAAAACUAAAGACUUUUGGGGGGUCACAUGCCACCAAAUAGAGUUUACUUCUUUUCCUCCCCCAAAUGGGCAGUUCAGAGGAGAAAAGAGGGAUUUCAGUCAACAGACUGUCAAGUCAACACAGUUCUCAUAUGCCACACUACCCCACCAGUUGCCUUUCUGUAUCCUGUAGACAUUAUGUUCAUGUUGGUGUGAGGGCAACUAGAUGUGAAUUUGUAGAUAUUCUAAUGUCUUCACUAUAAGUUGAAUAAUAUAUAUUAAAUUUUUAAUCUGUAUGAAAUUUAUGUUGAGAUAUAUAUGUUGUUGCAGAGCCUGGAGGCUUAACCUGAUUGCACACUGUCCAACCAAGAAAGGGUCUGGCACAAAGGAAUUAAGUGCUCCCAACAACAUCUGGUUGGGAUUUGCUUGCUUGGCCUCUAGAUGGUUUACCCAAAGCAAGACUGGACAUAUACUGAAGGUGCUACAGGUAAUGCUACAGCAUUGCUCACCCUGUAAGAUAGAAAACAAUCAGCACUUAUAAAACGCAACAGAGUAUGUCCACUGAAACUCCCUAAGUAAAGCUCAAAUUAUAUGAUUUUUAAAAACCAAAGUUGAUCAAAGAAAACUGAUGACAUCACUCUUUCAGGAGGCACACUUGAGUUUAUCCAAACCUGAUCCUCAGAGUGGGGACUUAUCUGGAGCACCCCAAAUGUCACGAGGAGGGAGGAACUUUCUCUUUCUGCGGAGCCACUCUUUUCACUUGUUCCUGCUUCCAGCAUCAAGAACCAUCCUGAAGACUUGCUGGCCAGAGACCAUGGAAAGUAGAGAAGCCUAAAGGAGCAGAGCUGAGUGCAAUCUGCUGAAGGAGGUGGAGGCUCUGGUUUUAUCCUCAGCUCAAUGUGUGUGAUUUUUAAAGUCAGCAAAUAUUUGUACAUGUAUGAAAUUUUAAGUUAAUAAAUUAUCUCUGUGGCUAUUUUCCUCA